GAUUAGUGUCUCUUAUUAGUUAUCUCCUUGAAAAACCAAAAGCCAAAUUAAAGAAGAAGAAGAUGCUCAAAUUCGAUGAACCACAAUGCACAAACCCGUCAUGUUUCUUCUGCAGCAUGAAAGAGACCAACCCGUUUCGUCGAAGAUCGAAACUCGCUGCAAUCUUCAAAGAGAUUCCUCGUACGGAGUCAAAAGACCAUGUCUUGGUCUUGAGUGGUUUGUGGAACAUAGCCAUGUCCGAGCCUGACGAUCCUGAGUUCCCAUCAUUAGGUUUGUUCGAGUGUAUGUCAAAACUCAUACAUAAAUCUAUCAAAAACACAGCUUGGCUUCUCAAAGACCAGAACAUAUUCAUUCCUUAUUACGCAGCUCAUAUCAUCGGAUCGUAUGUUAUGAACAAAGAAGAUUUAGCUGCCAUAGCGGUUGAUUCAAAGGUCUUUGUUGUUCCUGCUUUGUUGGAGCUUUUGAGAGGGAAGAUCAGUUGGGUUGAGCAGCGAGCCGCGGCUCGAGCACUUGGUCACUUAGCUAGCCAUGAGAAGAGCUUUGAAGCAAUUUCUUUAUUCGAAGAUGAAAUUGUGAAGCUUUCAAUGGAGAUAGCUACUAAUUGUUUGGAAAGAGUUUAUAAAAGCUUCCUUGGGGUUGAAGAUAGAGAGAGGUUAAAGUAUCAAAGCGAUUUGUUGACGAGAGGGCUUGGUGGGUUUGAGACAGAGAAUCAAAAAGCAGAGGAAUGGGGGAUUCAGCUACAAUGUUGGUCUUUAUUUCUAUUGAAUAGUUUCGCAUCGCGAGGUAAGUCUAUUGAUCGAAUCUGCGAGGGAGGGUUCUUGAAGAAAGUGAUUGAAAUGUGGGGUGGUUUAGUAAACCGGAAGUCUCCGGGAGGAGUUGGAUUGAUAAAGACUCUUUGUAAAACAGAGUUGGGGAGAAAGAGAGUUAGUGAGGUUAGAGAAGUUAUUGAGAGACUUUGCGAUCUUUCGAGAUCGUCUGAUGAUUGGAAAGAAACUGCUUUAGAUACCCUUUUGUUGCUUCUUAAAGACUCAAAUGUUAGGUAUCGAGUUAUCGAUGUUUUAGGUCAUUGUUUGGUUGAUUUAGCAGAAGAUAAAGUUGUUGGAGACAGAGUAGCUCAGUAGUUUUACAAGAUUAUCACAAGAUUAAGUAUAGUGGCUUGAAGCUGACUACAGAGGAAGCUCAUAGAAGUAUAGAGAAUCUAUGGAGAUUAAAGUAGAAGAGGACGAAGAAAGAGAAGCUUAUAGGUGAAACAAGAGCUUGAAGAAAGAGAAAGAUGGUGAAAUCGUUAAAGAAACAAGGGAAGAGAAGUUUUUAAAGGGUUUUAUUACAAGAAGCGAUGGAGAUUACACAGUCGGGAUUGAUUUGUGUCCGUUGGAUAUGAUAAGAGAUAGGGUUGUGUUGUUUAGCAAUAGAGCACAAUGUUACUUGUUGUUGAAGAAAGCUGAGUCUGCUAUUAGUGAUGUACUGAUGUGCUACUACUAGGGCUUUGUGUUUAUCUGGUGUGGUUGAUCCUCACGGUAAGAGUUUGUGGAGAAGAUCUCAAGCGUUCGAUUUAAAAGGAUCGGCGAGAGAGAGCUUGAUGGAUUGUUUAGCGUUCGUUGAUCAACGACUCGAGCAUUCGAAUACGCAGAGGAUUCAGGAUUCCCUACUACGCGGCGCAGAUGAUAAGAAAACAGAUGAACGCCA